AUGUUUAAUCCUGUACAAAUAAAACAUGAAUGUAUGGGAGCAGAGGAUGUUAACUCUGGUGAUAAAAUUACUGUUUCAAAUAAUUCCAAAUAUCCGAAUUUUAUUGAAGAUGUUGAUUAUAAAUAUAAUCAACUACCCCAAUUUUGGGGUCAUGCACAGUUACCAAACGAAGUACGUCCAAAAACUGAAAUUCAUGGCCAACACAAUUUAUUCCAAGCUGAAGAAAAUAAUUCUUUAGCAUACAUGAGAAAUUAUGUACAGGAUAGUACAUUAUUUCAAGUUAAUCAAGAGGAAAGUUUGAAUCAACUGAAUCAACAUUGUCACAUAGAUGUGACUCAAAAAGUUGAACAAUCACAAUUUUCUUCAAAUAUACAACCAGCAAAGUUUACUACUCAAAUGGUAACAAUUUCAGAGCCUAUAUCAUCCAUGAAACCUAGCCGUCUUGGAAGACCACCUAAAAGUUCUUCAGAGUCAAAUAUGGGGAAAAAACUCAAAUGUCAAUGUGAAAUAUGUUUUAAGGAGUUUGGACACAAAAGUAAUUUAUUUAUACACAUGAGGACUCAUAAUGGGGAACGGCCUUACAAAUGUAAUCAAUGUGAAAAGUGUUUUACCCAUAGUGGAAACUUAGCUAUUCAUAUGAGAACACAUUCUGGUGAAAGACCUUAUGGUUGUCAAGUAUGUGGAAAAAUGUUUAGCCACAGUGGAAAUUUGUCAACACAUUUAAGAACUCAUUCAGGUGUAAAGCCUUAUAAAUGUGCUAUAUGUGGUAAAGAAUUUAGGCAUAGUGGAAAUUUAUCAAUACAUGAAAGAAUACAUUCCGGAAUUAAACCAUUUCAAUGUAAAGUUUGUGGGAAGGAUUUUUAUCAUAGUGGGAAUUUAACAACUCAUAUGAAGAAACACACUGUAAAUAUUAACACUGGUGUUAAUCAAUGUGAAAAUAACAAAAAACAAGGAAUGUGUGCUGCAGUAAACCUUAAUGAUACUGCAUCCUUAAAUUCAUUCAAUAAUUUACCCUUGACUUCAACUACUGAUGUUAAACUGAUGCCUGGUGCAAACAAUAUUGUUCCUAUAAAAAAUGAAAGUAAUGAUGAAGGAUUAAUAAAUAGUGUUGGGAUUUUAACACCAACAUCAAUUUAA